AUGCAUCCCGCCCAGCAGGUGAGCUGCUUCCUCGACAACCCCGGUGUGCUCAUGUACGGCAUGAUGUGUGUCUUGUACACGACGGCGAUGUGGCUCCUGCUCGCGUCCUACCUCGAGCUUCCCGUGUCCGCCACCCAGUCCACGAUCAGCAGCAUUGUGGGGAUGACCCUCGCCUACGGGGGGCGAGCGUGCGUCGUUUGGCACCGAGAAUCGGAACACUUUCCUGGCUUUCAAGGAGUCGGCGCCAUUCUCCUGUACUGGCUCCUGUCGCCGAUCGUCGCGGGGGUCGCGUCGUGUCUGGUGUUCCUGGCACUCCGUACCUUCGUACUGCGGUCUCCCCACGCCUUCCGACGAUCCUUCUGGGUGUUCCCCGUCUUGGUAAUGAUCAUUGUCGCCCUUGACGGUGAGUAG